AUGGAAGUUGAGAUUAUAUCUAGAGAAGUCAUUAAGCCUUCCUCUCCAACCCCACCUCACCUGAGGCUUCACAAUCUAUCAUUUUUUGAUCAGUUCAUCCCUUCCUGGUGUGUUCCUGUUCUCCUAUUCUACUCCAACAAAGAGCUUGAUGAUCUUGCUUCAUACUUCGCCACCAAAAGAUUGCAUUUGCUCAAAACGUCCUUAUCUGAAACACUAGUCCGAUACUACCCACUUGCAGGAAGUAUUGGAGACUCAGAAUCUAUUGAGUGUAACGAUGAGGGUGCUGUAAUUUGGGAAGCACGAGCCAACUGUGGGCUAUCUGAAAUUUUGAAGCACCCAGAGAAUGAGACACUGGACCAGUUGUUGCCAGACGAUCUGCAGUGGACUACUAAUUCAAACAUCCCGUUAGUUAUUCAAGUCACCUUCUUUGACUGCGGAGGAAUGGCCAUUGGCUUUUGCUUGUCACAUAGGAUAUUGGACAUGUCAAGCAUGGGCAAAUUCAUCAACAACUGGGCUAACACUGCCCGUGGCACAGGUGAUCAUCAAAACGUUUUGCCGGAUUUUAGUGCAGCGACUCUGUUCCCACGUGGUGAUCUACCAGUGCCACCACCACAUAAGCUUCCAGGAGGGACUGUUGUCACCAGGAGUUGGUGUUGGAUUCCUGUAUACCAAGUGGAUUUUGGUUGGGGGAGACCGGAAUGGGUAACCACUACUAGUAAUGGGAUGAAGAAUUCUAUUCUGCUGAUGGAUACAAGAGAUGGGCUCGGGAUUGAAGCACUGGUGACUUUGGAAGAACAAGACAUGGCUGUAUUUGAGCGUGAUGAUGAACUGCUUUCGUUUGCUACUGUUAAUCCUGGUGCUGUGGAGGCUGCCACCACAUAA